AUGCAUACCGUACGAAGGCAGGCUCAUCGCGUCGCAUCGCAACAUGGUGGGAAUGGCGCAGCCAACUAUAAUCCGUUCGCCCGACAACGGUCGCGAGACAUUAAUCUAGAUGAGGAGAACGCAGUAUACAGAACGCGAUCCGAAACACAUGCUACUCCCGCUAUCGAGGAGCAAAGACGGCUAGAAAGCAGGGAAGCCGGAAAGGAGUUUGGCAUGCCCGACCACCACAACACCGAGCCCUCCGCAUCUUCGCCAACAUACGGCAGCGCAUCUACGACUUUUCCAGAAUCGACAACCGAGAAAGACUUGACUUCUCAUUUGAACGGUACGCACAAGGCAUCAGACGACAGCACAAUCGUGCCUUCCAACCAAGAAAGCAAUGUUGGUCCCACCCGACGAGCUAGGUUCAAGGGCAUCUUCCGCAAAGACCAUCAGGAUGCUGAGAACGAUGAGGCCGAGCAUCCAGAGGCUGAUGAACUUUCGUUGGAGGAACGUAAGAAGAAGGCGUUCAAGAGGAAGAUUCCGGUUGGCGCACAGAUCAAGUUCGUUCUCUUUGGUGCGUGGAUCAACGUGCUCCUCGUCAUGGUACCCGUCGGUUUCGCUGUCUAUUAUGCCAGGCUGAAGCCCGUCCCGGUUUUCAUCAUCAACUUCAUCGCCAUCAUCCCGCUCGCGGCAAUGCUGAGUAACGCGACCGAGGAGCUGGCCAUUCGAGUUGGUGAGACUCUUGGUGGACUGUUGAACGCUACCUUUGGAAACGCCGUGGAAUUGAUUGUCUCCGUCCAAGCCCUACUCAAGAAUGAGAUCACCAUCGUCAAGACCUCGCUUAUUGGCAGCAUGUUGUCGAAUCUGCUGUUGGUUUUGGGCAUGUCGUUCUUCCUUGGAGGAAUCAACCGUCUGGAACAAUUCUUCAACGUCACAGUCGCACAGACUGCAGCGUCGCUGCUUGCUCUUUGUAUCGCAUCGCUGAUCAUCCCAACUGUGUUCCACAACACCAUUGCCGAGGAUGACUCAGUCGCACAAAACGGUGCUGCAGAUGCCGUCAGGAACCAGGAGUUGUCUCACGGAACAGCCGUUAUCCUCCUCUUGGUCUACGCUUGCUACCUUGGAUUCCAGUUGAAGACCCACGCCACCAUGUACAAUGAGCCCAGUCAAAAGGUUCCUAAGCGCAAGUCUGGCAAGAAGGAAGAGGGCGACGCAUCGCGUGGUAUCGCAGCCAUUGGCGCUGGCACUGCUGCAGCUUCUGGAGGUGGUGUCAAUAUGAAGUCACUCUUCAAGAACCCCGACGGAUCAGAUGACGAUGAGGAAGAAGAGGAGUUCGAAACACCAUCGCUUUCCGUUAUUGGCGCCCUCGUCACUCUCGCAAUCUCCACUACUCUCGUUGCUUUCUGCUCCGAAUUCAUGGUCUCCAGUAUCGAUGGUCUCACCGCUACCGGUGGCGUAUCUACAACAUUCGUCGGUUUGAUUCUGCUACCCAUUGUCGGUAACGCUGCCGAGCACGCUACUGCGGUCACUGUCGCCAUUAAGGACAAGAUGGACCUCUCCAUUGGUGUCGCUGUCGGCUCCAGUAUGCAAAUCGCUCUCCUCGUUUUCCCUCUUAUUGUCAUCUUGGGUUGGAUUUUGGGCAAAGACUGCAUGACCCUUUACUUCGACACCUUCCAAAUCGCCACGCUGUUCGUCUCAGUAUUGCUAGUCAACUACCUCAUUCAGGACGGCAAGUCACACUGGCUCGAAGGCAUCUUGCUCAUGGCAAGCUAUAUCAUCAUCGCGUUGGCAGCCUGGUUCUACCCCGACAUUCAGGAGAACCAGUGCUAG